AUGAAUUUUCGACGGAGCGGUACCGAUCUUGGGGAUUUAAACAGAAAGUCGGUAUCCUCGGGUCAGGUAAAAGCGAACUGGAGUUUUUUUUUGCAACGUUCAUAGCGUAGGCGAUUCAAAUUAUGAUCUUUUGUCAUUAAGAUUGAUAAAAUAAACAAAAAAUAGCACUGAAAUUUGUAAAAAAAAAAGUCGGUAUUUCGCAGAGAACUCGGCGGACAACAGUCGUAGAUGAACGGCCGGACGAAGUUUUGCCCUCGGGAUCAGGUGAAUUUCAGCGAGAUUAAAAUUAAAUCGUUUUUGUUUGCUUUCAGAACAAGCGCAUGCCUCGCUAACGUUAGGAGAUUUGCCGACGAGGAGAAGGGUUCAUUUUUCAUUUAGCUUUUGAAAAAAAACUUUGGCGUUCACAGCGAACAACAUACGAUGUCAAGUUGUCGGAUUUGUCUCCGGAAAGUCAAGAGGCGAGAAGAAAAGAGCAACGAAGAAUGGGUUCUGAAAUAAGACGACUGAGGAUACAAGCCGCCAAGUUGGAAAAAGGUAAAAAGGGGGAAUUAUUUUUUUGAACUCAUUUAAACUAAAAUUUCGAUUCCAUAAAAGUUCAGAAAAGUUUUUGCUGUAACUCGCUGAUUUAUUUUGCAAAAUUUUUCAAUUUUUCAGUGGGACAAGUUAAUGAUUCGCCAGCGCCUGCAGAAAAAUUCAAUCGUUGAAAAGGUUGGUUUCGUUAUUUUUGAAACGAUUUUUCUUUUAUAUUUUUACAGCGAAAAGUGUACAGAGUUGCGGAUUUGACGGAAGAAGAGAAGCAGGAAAGAUUGGAGAGGAAGAGACAGCAGAGAAGAGAAUCUGAUAGGAGAUGUCGAGAAAAGAAAAGAGCCGAGUUGUUGAGAAUAAGGCAAUUAGGUUAAUUUUUUUCUUUAAAAAUUAUUGCUCAAAUAUAUUUUUCAGAGGCCGCGAACAGUUCCCUGAAUGGAAGUGAUGUAGGGAACUCGAUGAUUGCUUUGAAUCAGGUAAAAACGGUUUUUGAAAUUGAGUUAAAUCGCAAAAAUUCCUGAUUUUAGGAUAUUACCAAAUUAAUAUUUUCAAAUUUUUCCAUAUGAAAAAAAUGAGCUCGAAAUUUUGCCAAUUUAAAAUUUGUACCAUUUGUGAAUUUUCAAAGCUUGACCUUUUUUUAAGGUUUCUUAAAUUAUUCAGUGGUUUACAGAAAAACCAAACGACAUCAGGAAAUGUAACUUUGAGCGACAAUUUUUCACCGGCAUCAGGUAAAUAUCAAAAUCAAUCAAAUCAAAAUGUUUUAGUUCUCACACACAAGUACUAAAAUUCACGAAAUAGAUGUAGAGAGAAUUUGGGAACAUAUCAGCCGAAAAAAGCUGAAUUUUCCCGUUUUAUAGCCAAUUUUUUUCUUGCAGCUAUUUCCAUUAAAGGCCCUAUUUAUACAAUGAAAAAUCGUAAUUCUUCUUUUUCAGUGGGACGAAAGAAUCGAUCUGCGAACAGUUCGCUUUCAGGAAAGGUUGACUUUUCUUCAUUUUCUGUCUAUUUCUCGACCUUUACAGGGGAGAAGAAACAGUCUCGCUGGUCUUUCUGAAGCAGAAAAAGAAGAUCGGCGAAAAAUGCAGAGAAGAGAAGCUCGUCGGAGAUAUGAGGAAAGAAUAAAAGCCGGUAAAUUGAGAGAAGAAAACGGUGAGAAAUAUUUUCAAAGAGAUAUCAAAAUGUUCCGUUUUCAGAAAAGACACCGAUCAAUGAUCCCACCCCGCGACCAGGUAAAUCGGGCAAGGUUCAAAAAUACGAGUUUCGAGAAUUUUCUGAAAAUUUGUGAAGACCUUUUUUGAAACUGUAAUCCGUUCAUUUUUGAAUGCCAAGUUCUAUGACGUCAUUCGAAAACCCUCUGUGGAUGGCUCGCUCUCUGAUUGGUUUAUCACAUCAUUAGGGGCGGAGCUUGAGCGGUGACUAGACAUUUAAAAUCUGUAAGUAAUAUAUUUUUAAAAAAACCUUCAAAAAAUUGUAACGUGUUGCAGUCGCGACAAGUUGAAAAUCGGGCGAAGGCCUGGAUAGUGAUAGCGAAAAUGUGAUUUUCUAUAUUUUUUAGGAAACGUUUUUACACACGAAAAAGAGGAAAAAAUUCUCGCAAUAGAUCUUUUUUUCGAUUAGUGAAGCUUCAAAGUUUGCAAAUAAUGCCAAAAAUGUCGCUAUUUCAAGCUUUUGGAGCGUUUUAACUCGGCAACCAAAUCUAUUGUGAGAAAGGGUUAAAAACGUUUACUUGUAUCAUCGCUUUGAAUGUCAUAGCCGAAGAAUUACAAUACAUGAUUUUUCAGUGGGGCCUAGAAGGGCUGCACCCAUGUCAUUACAAGAAAAGGUUGAUUUUGCUCGUCUAAGACCGAAGUUCCUAUUUUACGCCUUACAGAAAAAACAACACAGAAACGAGAAGGCACAGCUGUCUCGACAGGAAGCCAAGAAGAACAGAGAUCGAGAACUCGCGAAGAAAAGGGAUUAUAUGAGAAAUUAUCGAGAAAGUAAAAAGGCUGAAAAAGAGACGGAGAAAAACGACGAGCCUGAAAAAUCAUUGGGUCUAUUUUGUUUGGUUUUCUAAAAAAAUUUCGGCUCAAGAUUUUUAUUUUCCUCCGUGCUACAUGAAUCUUUCCUUCGAUGCGCUUUUAAUACAGUGGGAAUAACAAUUUAAAGGCGCAUGUAAAGAGAUAGGCCGCGGGCAUCGAAAAGAAGGGUUCUGUAGCUCGGAAAAACCUGAAAACUGGUCCGGGAUGGACUAUGAAUUCCCUUGAGUGUUUACUUAUCUCAUAAAAAUAUCGUGUAAACUUUAGCUGUAUUUUUCUCUGACCGAAGACCACUGUUUUUCCAUCUAACCUCCUUUUCUGAUAUAGCCUGUUCAAAUUUUGAUUUUCAAGUCCAGUGACGUCAUUUUUAAAUUCUCUAGCUAUCUGAUUGGUUUAUCGCACCAUUAGGGGCGGAGCUUGAGCGACCAAUCUUAAUCCAAAAACUGAACAGACUAUAGUCUUUUUGCCACGACUUGAAUUUUCUCGGAACGACACUCCGCUGCGUGACCUUGUGGCCGUGAAAGCGUGUUUUCCUUUGCGAAUCUCGGUCGCGCUUUCCAUUUUUUUUUUCUAUACCACCUCUUGAAUGUUCUGUCAAAAACUGAGUUUUUUUUUCCAGAUGACUCGGAAUCGCGAACCUGCACUGACGAUAGCGAUUUUGAUGACGACAGUUUUUCGGAAUCCGAAGAAAUUUUCGCUCAAGUUCAAGGGCGCCCUCAAAAGUUUGACUUUCACCAAAUUUUCUUUGAUCUCUUUGUUCUACGAUUCGAUGUCAUUCUUUUCAGCCUGAAAUCGUUGAGUCUGGUGGAGCUCCGUCAUUCCCGAGCCGUUGGAAAUGAAGUGGACGUCAUGACGGACUUGAAACUCUGGAUAAUGGACCUGCCCCCAGAGUUGGACCAAUUUUGGAACCCCCUCUUCACCUUGUGCAACGAGAUGAACCGCGGCAACUGCUGGGAACUCCGCAAAAAGUUCCUUCAGCUUCAUUGGGGCACGGGUAGGGCCACGAGAAAAUCCCGAUAUCAAUAAAAAACCCGCAGAUGCCAAAGUGCACAAUACGUCGCUGAAACCUCGCUGGAAAAGCUACUUUUAUCACAUGUGGGACACGAUCCUCAGAGAGGACUAUCGCACGUCAGUUUUAGCGAGAAAAACCGGUUCAAGCUCAUUACGGAAUUUCUAGCGGCAAAAAAGGGAAGACUGUUCAUCCAAGAAGAGCAGCUUCUCCGGAUAACGGAAAUUCUUGUUUCAAACUUCAAUUUUAAAUUUUUCCCGUAAAGUGUGAUGUUUUGUGUGCAUGCACUGCGGCGCUUUUUUGCAGACAAAUUCGUAUUAAAGACCUCGGGCAAUGCGGUCGUCUGUGCCUUUAAUAUCCCCUCGCUUAGCUUGCCGUUCCCAUGACGUCAAGUGGGAACGACGGAGGUUUCGACUCCGCCCACCGUGUUCUUGGUUUUUCUCAUUUUCUUCCACAUAAAAAAAACGCCAUGCGUGAGGCUCCGAGAAAAUUUUGAAGCCUAAAUUGGGAAUCAGCGUCUGUUUUUGAUUCUCCUUUACUCCGUUUUCUGCGACUUGAAAUGGCUCUUUUUCUCUGCGCCCUCCUCGUCUCUCGGCGACCUUCUCAUGUUUCCGUGCUCUUUUCAUUUUUCUCUGACCUCGCGGGUGAGGGAAUAGAGAGACGCAGACAUUCGAAGAGUGUCAAGUCGCGACGAACGGACUAUAGACUCGAAUUCUGAAUCUUUAAGAGUUAGAGAGCGUUCAAAAGUGAGAGGGCACGCUUUUUUUUUCAUUAACUUCCUCAUGUUUGCCAGUUUUCUCUAAACUUCGGAAAACUCCCGGUCUCACUCAGAAUUUUCACUGGGAAUUCGCAGAUUUUCGAUUUCAGGCCUCCGACAUGCAUGAUUUGUCAGAGAUACGAGUGCCUGAAGGUCGGACAGUUGCUCUGGUGUCCACAGUACCCGCAGUUUUUCGCUGUCCACGAGUUUUGCUUGGUAAGAACUGAGAGAGGGUUUUCGAGAUUAGAGUUAUGAUAAUCCUCGGUAAAGUUGUGAACCGGAACUGUGAAAAGAACUUUUAUAGAAUAUGAAUAACCUGUCUUACACAUACAUGGUGCCGUCAUGUCCGAAGAGCGGCUGGAAUUUGGGACUAUAGAAAAAUAAUAUGUUAAAUUUUUCAGCUUCUUCUCAGUGUUAUUCAACAAUUUGAACAUUAUAGCACAGUUCUUCUCGAAAAAUAUGUUUUUUUUUUCCGGAGAUUCCCGUCUAAACUUAGAAUUGAAACCACUUUUCUUGGCGAAAAAUUUACGAAAUUGACGUUGCAGCAAAGUAUCCCUGAGCUGCACGAAGACAGGGUUUCUACGGGGUUGGCGUCGUUCAGCUUCGAAUCCUACUCGAUUGUUAACUUGGCCAAAGCGGUCCGAAGACGCGGGUUCAUCAAUGUGAGCUCACCAGUACGACAAAAAUUUUGUUCGCUGACCGAGUGGAAACUUAAGUGGACCUAAAUAGUACUUUAUAUCAUCUGUUGAACCUAAUAAGGUACUGAAAAGGUAGUUCCACUUUGGUUGGGUGGAGACGAUUCACCGCUAGCUUGGGGCUCUGAGAAACGGGCCAGCUCUCUUCACCAAAAAGGCACCUUAGGAACUCCAGAGUGGUCUCUAAAAGAGUAAUCUCAGGGACCGUUUGAGGGUCCCCUCUAGGGACCUUUUCAAUGACCCCUAUAGGGGCCACUACAGAUUUCAGAAUGGGUGUUUUAGUUAGUGGCCCCUUUAGGGGACUUGCUCGUCGAUAACUUUUAUGAACUCUAUGCGAAGAAGCAUUUCCAUGCAAAAAACUAAAAGAAUUAACCUUUCUUGAAAAAAUUGAGCGACCACCCUAUAGGGACCCCUCAAGCUUUAGAGGCUAAAGAGUCCGACCCUAAAUUCAUAUAAGGACCACCUUGAUUUUACCCCUAUAGGGACGACUUUUUCGGUCCCUUUAAGGGCUUUUUUCCCGAACCCCUAUAGGGACCACUCAAAAAUUCCUAAAACUGUCUUAAAUUUUUUUUCAUCGUAUUAGGACCAUUUUUUCGAUGGCCCGUAAAUCAGUUUUAUUAGCACUCAACUCAUUAAACUCGAUUUGCGAACAAGUUCCCUGCACAAAAUAUUUGAUUCCCCAACUUUUGUCGAUUCCAGAAGUGCGCCAAGGCGGAUUGCUUCAAACCGAAUGCGAUGAUCGGCUGCGCCGAGAAAAAAUGCGUCCGAUCCUAUCAUUUGCCCUGUCUUUUCGAAAGCCAGGGAUUCUACGACUUUCUCCAUUUAACGUGUGUUGAUUCUGCAGCAUAUAUUUAUUUCGCGUGUGAAAAAAUUUAA